UGUCCCCCUAAUCUCCUUCAAACCUCCACCUCUCUCUCCUCUCUCUCUCUCUCUCUCCCCAUUUCUCCCUCCCUCCUCUCUCCUCCCCCCUCUCUCUCUUCUCUCUCCCACUCUACAAAAGUUAAACACCAACAAGUGCCAUAGCAGUUCCCAUCACGGUGAUGGUGGCGGAGGCAAAUGGAGACUGUGGAGGAGGAAGUGGUGGUGGCGCCGCCGUGCCACAAUAAUGACCUGUCCCCGGUCGCCAAAGGCAAGCGCACCAAGAGACAGAGACCUCAUUCACCUAUUCCCUUCACCGUCAACAACCACCGCCUUAGUCCCAGCUUCUCCGCCGCCUCCGCGGCGGACAGCACCACCACGGAGGAGGAGGACACCGCCCGAUGCUUGAUCCUCCUCUCCCGCGGCCAUUUUCUCCCCAUUCAAAAAUCCCACCACGAUCAUCCUCAACAAUACCAUUCCAAACCAACCAAACCCACCGCCGAUCGCGGCGGUGGCGCCGCCGCCGCCGGCGGAGGCGGCAUGUACGCAUGCAAGACGUGCAACCGGGUUUUCUCGUCGUUCCAAGCCCUCGGCGGCCACCGCACGAGCCACAAGAAGCCCAAAAACGACAAGAAAACGGCGUCGUUCCCCGACUUCGACGACGAUUUCCCGUCGCCUCCGUCUACGUCGAAGAAAAGAAUCCCACCUUCCCUCUCGUUGCAGCUGAGCAGCACCGCCGGCGGCGGAGGAAGGCAGCUGCCGUCGCCGAGGGUCCACGAGUGCUCGUAUUGCGGGGCGGAGUUCGCCUCCGGGCAGGCCCUCGGCGGCCACAUGAGGCGGCACCGGGCCGGCCCGGCCAGCCCGCUGCCGGAGCCGAAGAAGCCGAGGAACGGGCUGUCGCUGGAUCUCAACUUUCCGGCGCCGGAAGAUGAGAGCCAGCGGUUCGGAUACGGCGGCGGCAGUGCGCGGCGGGAAAAGAGCCCGGAGAAGAUGGUGAUCUCCACCGCAGCUCCGGCAUUGGUUGACUGCCAUUAUUGAAAUUUAAUUGAGGAGGUUCAAUUAUUUUUGACACAUUGAUCUUCCAAAUGCAAAGCUAAUUAGAUAAUCAUUUCUUUUAAAUUGUUUUCUUUCUUUUUCUGAAAAAUAUUUUUUCCCUUUCUUAAUUGAUUUUUUUGGUUUAUUAUUGUUGUUGUUGUAAUAUAUUGGUUCUUUUAGCUUAGUAGCUAGUCAUGACAAUGUUGAUAACUUUGUGAAAUGGAAAUUGAAUUCUUUGAAUUGUUUAGUUUGUUUUAUUGUUUAAUGCAAUCACGUUUUGUUGUAA